GGAAGUUUCGAUUGUAUCAUUACAAUCCUAAUUAAUAGAUUUCUCACAAGUUAAGUUAGUCGAAAUUAGGAUUUAGGGUUUGGGUUCAUUCGGAUUAGAUUCUGCCAAAUAAAUGGGCUGAUCACGGAGUCGCUCUGAUGCGUUUUCUUAAGCACCUCCGUCGAGAUACACUGCCUCAUUUUGGAAGGCGUAUGGUUCGGUGUGUUUUUUCUUAUGUUCAUUUGGUUCAGCAUUGAGAAAGAAGAACAGUUGUAUGCCUAUUUGAUUCGUCAUGAAAUCAUCGCAUGAGGUAAGAAAGAAUCCUUUGGGAUCUUCUCCUUCUGGGAAGAAGAGUAAGAAGCUUGCUGCUAUAUGUGAGGAGGAAUACAAAAAAAACCAUGGAGAUUCGAUAGAUAGAGAUGGUGGUGGUGGGUCUGGUGGGUUAGCUUGUGCUGACUCUGAACUUCGGCGGAGCUCUAGGGUCAGGAAGAUACCGUCCAUACUGGACGCUUCUCCUGCUCCUCCAAAGAAACGGCAGCGUUUUAAUAAUCGCGGGGAUAGGAGGAGGUCCAGUAGUAUAGAGAGAGUAGUGACUAAGGAGGAGGAGAAGGGGGAUUUGGAUAGCUCGGAUGGUUGGAAAUCUAGGUUGAGGUCAAGGAGGAGGAACGUUGGUUUUCAAGCGAGUAGGAGACAGAGAGGUGCGGUUAAGGGGAGAAGAAAGCACGUUUUCAGAGAUAGUUCCUAUGAGUUGAGUGAAAAAGCAGCAGUGGCAAGAGAAAAGGAAGAGGAAAGAGGAUUCCCUAAAGGUGGGAAGCUGAUUAAAACAACAAAAACGCCAGUGGAAGUUACAGAAAUCGAAAGUUCGGAAGAUGAGGGAAAGGAGUCAGAUACCAGUAAUUCUGAAGAUGAUGAGAGUGCUAGCGAGUCUGAGGAUUCAAUGCAGGCUGACAGUGAAGUUAGAGAGGAAGAUGAGAAGAAGAAGAAGACGAAGGCUACCAAAAGAUCCGUUGUUUUAGAGAGUGAGAAUGAAGCUGAUGUUGAUGGAACGGAGAGUGAGAGCGAGGAGGGAACAGACACUACUGACAGUGAGACUGAUGAUAGUGAUGAAGAGGGGGAAAGUGGGACUCAAGGUAGUGCAGAGAAGACAGGAAGUGAGACUGAAGCUAAUGUGGAUGAAAUGAGAGAUGAUACUGAUGUUAGAAUGGAAGCAGUGCAAAAUGAAAGUCGGAAUCAAAUGGAAGGAUUGGAAAAUGAGAUUGAGAUGGGAGUUGAAGAUGUGAUUACGGAGAUGGGUGUAACAGUUUCUGGAACUGGCGAUGGCACUGGUAUACUGGAGGAUGAUAAUGAUUUUGGUGAUAAGGUUGAGAACAGAAAAGUAGAUACUUUACAUCCUGAACAACUUCGCGAAGCUAGCAUCGAGGUUAAUGAGAGUUUGAAGCAGAAUGAUGUCAUCGGAGAGCCAGGUGUUUCUAGUACACCACCUCAUGAUAAGACCGAAGAACUAAGUGAGUUUCUCAUUAGAGUGGAUGAAAGUGUGGAAAUGCUUGAUGUUGAUGAGCUGCCUAUUCAGAAUGAAACUGGCAAGAAGGUAGUCGACUCAAUUUGUACUUCAUUAGAUAGACUUGGUAAACCAAUCUUCAAACAAACCAGACGAUGUGGUUUAUGUGGAGUUGGUACUGAUGGCAAACUCCCAAAGAAGUUGAUGCAAGAUAAUGGUGACAGUAACGUAGAGGAACAUAGUGGGUCUUCGUCGUCAGAGGAGCCAAACUAUGACAUCUUGGAUGGUUUUGGCGAUGAUACUGGAUGGCUUGGCCGUCUACUGGGUCCUAUAAAUGAUCGUUUUGGAAUUUCUGGAACUUGGGUUCAUCAGAAUUGUGCCGUAUGGAGUCCAGAGGUUUAUUUUGCUGGUGUAGGAUGCUUAAAGAAUAUAAGGGCGGCACUUUUCAGAGGGAGGUCUUUAAAAUGCACUCGUUGUUCAAGACCUGGGGCAACCAUUGGUUGUCGGGUUGAUCGAUGUCCAAGAACCUAUCAUUUGGUCUAUUACUACUCCCUUUCUGAUGUUGUAAAGGAUAUAGUACAAAGACUUUCUUAUGCUGGGAUACUAGAUGGAGGUUGUGACUUGGUUAGAUCUGUUGCAAGCAUUCCUGGUGCUGACGACUGUAGUUUGGGUUCUGCACAAUUCAUGGUACACAGAGUUUGCCGACAUCCUGGGCUUCUGGGAAGUGCUUCUGUAGACUCAACGAGCAAGUCAGGAGAUGCAGAAGAUAGACACAGCAACAAUUUCACAAGAAGGAAAUGGGGAUCUGGUGUUAGGCAUAACUCACUUGUUAAGAAAUCAUGUGUUGUAUUCAUGCCAAGGAUUGACUUGUGGGCUGUAAAGACAGAAACUCCUCUGAGUGAGGAGGUCGAGUGUGAUGAUAAUUCUGUAAAGGAAAAUUGUUCUGCCAUUUUUCCAGAGAUGAAAGAGGAAAAGGCAUUGCAGAAUGCUGCUCAAGUUUCACAUGCUUGGAACACAUUUUUUGAGCAAGUAGAAUCAUUGCGAGUUUCCACAAAGAUGAUGAUUCUGGGUGGCUACUUCUGGCCNCAAGCUCUCUGCACACAAGCUGCCAUGAUUGCCUUAAAUAGGAGUUUCCCUUUGCAAGAAUCUUUGGCCGCUGCAGAGUUCGGAGUGUCUAGUAGUAAUCGUGCUGCUCUUCCAUCCUUCUCAGUUGAAGAAAAAGAUUGGUUGGAAGCUUUAUCCCGCUCCCCACCCCCAUGUUCACGUAGAGGUGCGGGAAUAGCAGCUAGUGAUAUAUUUUCUGCCCCGCUUCCUACUUACUUGGUGCCUUCUCUGUUGCGACCCUUGUGUUCUUUACUUGUUGCUUUUCAUCUUGAAGAACGUAUCUUGCUACCACCUCUUCUUUCCAAAGCUGCGGUUGAUGUCCAAAAUGUGAUCCGUUCUGCUUUGAGCGACAAAAAGAUAACUGAGGGUGGUUGGUGGUCUCAUGUUGAUACUCUUCUCCAAGAUGUAGAUGUUGUAAAGGAUAUAGUACAAAGACUUUCUUAUGCUGGGAUACUAGAUGGAGGUUGUGACUUGGUUAGAUCUGUUGCAAGCAUUCCUGGUGCUGACGACUGUAGUUUGGGUUCUGCACAAUUCAUGGUACACAGAGUUUGCCGACAUCCUGGGCUUCUGGGAAGUGCUUCUGUAGACUCAACGAGCAAGUCAGGGUUCCAACUGCUAAUUGCUGGAGGACCUAAAUCUGGUCAACGACAUCUUGCUUCAUGUAUCUUGCAUUGUUUUAUUGGUAAUGCAGAGAUGCAGAAGAUAGACACAGCAACAAUUUCACAAGAAGGAAAUGGGGAUCUGGUGUUAGGCAUAACUCACUUGUUAAUUAAAUGUGCUAGCAGGAAAUCAUGUGUUGUAUUCAUGCCAAGGAUUGACUUGUGGGCUGUAAAGACAGAAACUCCACUGAGUGAGGAGGUCGAGUGUGAUGAUGAUCCUGUGAAGGAAAAUUGUUCUGCCAUUUUUCCAGAGAUGGGAGAGGAAAAGGCAUUGCAGAAUGCUGCUCAAGUUUCACAUGCUUGGAACACAUUUUUUGAGCAAGUAGAAUCAUUGCGAGUUUCCACAAAGAUGAUGAUUCUGGCUACUUCUGGCAUGCCCUACAAACUCCUGCCUGCUAAGAUACAACAGUUCUUUAAGACUGACCUUUCAAAGGAGUAUCAGCCAACUAUGUCUGAGGCUGUUCCACAAUUCACUGUACAAGUCACGGAAAAUUCUGACCAGGAUAUAGCCAUUGACCUGUCUGCUACUGAGUUGUCAAGGCGGGCAGUCCAAGUUUUCCUUCAUUUGGUGCAUCAGAGAACCCAUACUCACUGUGACAUACAGAAGAAAUACCAAAGAGAGGAUCCUGACCACGGUUGCAGAGAUGCAGGUUAUCAGAAUAAUACUGAUCAUGGCGCAAGGGAAGAAGCAGUUGGUAAAUCAAAACCUCUUGAUGAUGGCUCUUUAAAAGUUCUACCAUUACCUAUCAACAUUAAUGUGAAAGCGAAAUCAAGCCUGCAGUUAGCUGUCUCCACAUUUGGUUAUCAAAUCCUACGGUAUCCUCAGUUCGCUGAACUUUGUUGGGUUACAUCAAAGCUUAAGCAAGGGCCAAGUGCAGAUGUUUCUGGUCCUUGGAGAGGAUGGCCAUUCAAUUCGUGUAUCACUCGUCCUUGUAAUUCCUCAGAGCAGAUUAUAACUGCUUCCGAUUCCAACAAUGUUAAAGGGAAAGAUUCAUCGGGCAUUGUCAGAGGCCUUAUUGCUGUUGGAUUAUCAGCGUAUAGAGGCACCUAUUUAUCACUGAGGGAAGUCUCCAUUGAGGUACGAAAAGUUCUUGAGCUCUUAGUUGGACGGAUCAGUGUAAAAAUCAAUGCUGGAAAGAACAGAUGUCGAUAUAUUCGAAUUUUGUCUCAAGUUGCUUAUCUGGAAGAUUUGGUUAAUAGUUGGGUAUAUGCAAUGCGAAGUUUCGAAUCGACCACUCAAACAGAGUCGACGAAUCCAUUGUCAUGUUCUGUACUCAAUCCAUCAGUGAGUUAUGAGCCAACCGAGCAAGGAACAUCUGAUCAAUCAAAAGGGUUAGAAGAAGACCCGAAACAAGAUACCCAAAACAUGAAUUUGCCAGACCCUGUAACAUCUAGUAAUCUUACCGAUAGUCAUCAGCCAGUUCUAGAGAUUGCAAAUGGUCGUUGUGGAACAAAUCAUGAACCUUUUCGUGAAGAUACUGGACAUCUUACAACCCAAAGUACGGAUGGCUUAACUUUGGUCAAAGAAAAUGGUGAUGUUACCGAUAGUCAUCAGCCAGUUCUAGAGAUUGCAAAUGGUCGUUCUGGAACAAAUCAUGAACCUUUUCGUGAAGAUACUGGACAUCUUACAACCCAAAGUAUGGAUGGCUCAACUUUGGUCAAAGAAAAUGGUGAUGUUAUUUCGAAUACUGAAAUAAUGAUCAAGGAUUCAGGAAUUAGUUCCUUACAGCAGGCUGCUCUUCUUGAUCUUAACUCUCCUGCAGCUGACCAUGAAAAGAAUGAAACUCACCAUGGAUCAUGCGAGGUAGAAACUACAACAACAGCCAUUGCCUUUCAAGGAGAGACUACUUCCCUAGAGAAUCCUAAUGGAUCUGGGGAGUUCAAUACUCUCUCCCUGAAAGAUCCCGACAAAUCAGCUGACUUAGAUCAUGGUAAAGCCUGGGACGGAGUUCAUGGCUUAGAAUCUGCAAGCAACAUGCCCGAACAAGUUAAACAAGUUGAAAAGACUGCAAGAACUAAUCCUCUGGAUGACCUUAGUUUGGUGUGUUUAUACCGGUGCUGCUCCCAGUGUGUCUCCAUCCUCCAAGAUUCAAUGCAUAAAUUAGUUACUCGCGAAUUGAGAGUUGGUAGAAGUUACAUCACAACAGAGGGUAUACAUGAUGCGGUUUCGUCAUUAUCAGUCGAGCUUAUUGCUGCUGUUAGAAAGUUCAUCUCUCCCAAAAACGAUGGUACUACACAGGAAGCAUGUCCAGAAAAGGAAGCAUGUUCUUGCAAACGCUUAUCCGGUAAUUUUCUUGCCUCAGUUGAAUGUUGCAGUCACUCUGCUGAAGAGCUAGGGAGCUUGGAUGAAGCAAACAGAUAUCCAAGCCGUAAGACUUGGGUUGAACCAGUAUUCAUUUUCAAAGAUGGAAUAUUGGUUCCGGUAAGUACUGAAGAUGACCGCUCUUUGCAUUGUAAAUAUGAUAGACUCUGCCUUGGUUCUCUCGUAGAGUUAAUUGCAACUGAGAUGAAGCCUUUUUGAUUGAUUCAUCUUUUAUCUUUUGUUACCCGAAUCAUCUGGUGUCUCUGCCAUUGAUUUUUGCUGUACUGGUAAACUAAUUUAGCUUAGGUAUGAAAACAAAAAAAAAAUCAGCAGCUUCGUGGCUCAAUUUUAUGGUUUUUCAAGCUGAA